AUAACAUUCUAAAAAAAAGUCUUUACAAUUGGAUCUUUUUAAGUCUCCAGUAUUAAGCCGGAAGCAAUCACCGAGUGUGUGCCCAUGUUGGAUGUAUUAUACACAAGAAGAAAUUGAAAAGUGAAAUCGCCACGGGCCGGAGCUCGGAGUCGGAGAACGUCAGGGAGGACAGCACAAAUACCAGACACAAUUGACAGGGAGGAGUAAAAUCAACGGCAACGGCCUGCCCUAAUAGUAGUGGUGCCUUUAGGCUUAACCGCGGUAGCACAGCCCCAAAGAGGAACAUGAUAACAUCCCCGUGGCUAAGGGUGCUUAAAUAACGUGUAUCUUGGCCUUGGGUUUGGGAUGCCGGAUGAGUCUAAGCGUAAAGCCUUUACUACUACUAGCGUAAGUCUAUAGCCCAGCCCAUGCAGUGGUAGAGCCUCAUGAAUGUUACUGAAAUUGGCUGGGGCAAUUAGCUUAGCUUAGUGAGAAUUAUACAAGAACCAGUAUGGCAUUUGAGGCAUUUCCAUCUGAUGCCGUUGAAUCCUUCAACGAUCCUGGAAUCUACUACGUCCAUGAAAAUGGAAAGUUGCGAAGUCCUCCAGGACUGGGACACACCUCGCAUACUGCUAGUACACCCUUCUCCGAUUCAGGACUGCCCAAACUUGCCCCCUUCAACAUUGGGGUGAGCCCCUCUGACGGAGCCACAUGCUUCAUACCCCGAUCCUUGUUUCAACAGGUGAUCAACUUUGUGGCUCGGAAUCUUUGGAGAGUGGAGUCUUUGGUGGGCUUUCCGGAUAUUGUCGGGGAGCAACUAUUUGAAGCAGCGCAGUCCCAGGGCAUAUUCACCAACAAGCAGCUAAGGUUUUCCGGUUUAAGGCUUUUCGUAGAAGCUUAUCCCACUGAGAUGUUGUCCAGCCUAAACCUCAGAGGGAACCAGACAUUCCUGGAUGGCUUUAUUGAUGAAAUCGUGCUCUUCUCUGGUCUCUUGGAGGUUGACCUUGGAGAAUGUAGCCUGGGAGAGGAUCAUCAAAUUUGGCCUCAUAUUGGUAGCUUACCAUGCCUUCAGAGACUUGGACUUAGAAAAACUGGCCUUAGUGAUGGAAUUAUGCAGAAACUUACAACACCCCUGAGAUUAAUGGGUAAAGGACCAAAAGGACUUCAGGUCUUGGACUUGUCAGGAAAUGGAUUGGUAACAGACCGCAGUGUACGAUUCGUGAAGGCAUUUCAUCAUCUAGAAGCUUUGGAUGUCACCGGCUGCUGUAUCUCUCCUCAUGGAUUGAAGCAGCUACAGACUGAACUAACACUGAGACAUCUUCAUGACGAUGAGAUAGAUGAUGAGGAACUGGAUACCUUCUGUAGACCGGUAGAGAACAUUGGCUGGGCAUCCAAGGUCAUUGAUGAAUGGAUCAAUGAAACCAAGUUCAUCACUGGGCAGAAGAAUGUCCCUCAAGGGUGUCCAAAGGCCAGAAAAUUCUAUUCCUCUAAAAGCAAGCAUCUUGGAUUCAUGGAUGUCAGCAUCAAAACAACCUUACCAGUCUCUACCUCAUCUCCGAUUCAUAUCAGACUAGUGAGAACUGAUAAAGACAUAGUAUCCAUGAAAGAACAUUGGCACCAGUCUGGUGAGAAGGUACAGAUGAGGUUGAAAGACACCGGACUUCCAUCGACCAUGGCUUCGGAGAGGUUCGCUGCGGAAUCACAAGGAGAAACAACUGUUGAUAGAGGACAAAUGUUGGGAAAUCAUGUGCUAUGCGUUUCAAACCAAGGGCCAUCAAAUUUGUCUCCAUACACAGAAGAAGAAAGUAUGUGUGGUAGACUGAAAUCAGGGUUAAAGGUCAAACUGAAAAGGAAGCGGAAGAGGUGUCAGAUUGAGGACGAAACGAAGAAGAGCGCUGCUCAUGGUGACCUUGAAGAUGAUGACAGAGACUUGAUGAAUAGCUACCUCAAUAUAAGAAGUGAUGGAGAUGUUGAGCUUGAUAAGACAAGAGAUAGGUCCAAACUGAUGAGAGCAAUGGAUUCUUCUCACUGGUAGUAGCCAUGUUAAUAUAGACCUGAUUGAUGGUGGAAUGCUCCCCAAGAAGUGGAGAAAAUAUUACAUGAUGGAGAUGUUGAUCUUGAGAAGACAAGAGGAAGAUCCUAAUCUGAUGAGAGCAAUGGAUUCAUUACACUGGUAGUAGACUUGCUUUCUUAAUAGAGACCAGAUUGUUGCUGGAAUGCCCAGGGAGUGGAAAAAGUGCAUUGCAUGAUGGAGAUUCAGAUCUUGAGAAGAAAAGAGAUUGAUCCAAACUGAUGAGAGCAAUGGAUUCAUCUCACUGGUAGAAGUCAUGUUGAUAAAAUCCUGAUCGAUUGUGGAAUAUUCCCCAGGGAGUGGAGAAAGUUUAUUACAUGAUGGACAUACUGUAGAUAUCGAUGAAAAAAGAGAUAGAUCCAAACUGAUGAGAGCAAUGCAUUCAUAUAUCACUGGUAGUAUUCUUGUUGGUAGAGACCUUGUUGAUGAUGGAAUUCCCCCCAGGGAUUGGAGAAAGUGCAUUUCAUGAUGGAGAUGUUGAUCUGGAGAAGAGACGAGAUAUAUCCAAACUGAUGAAAGCAAUCCAAUCAUUUCAUGGAUAGUAUAUACAGGUAUACAUGUUGAUAGAGAUCUGGGUCCCGUCUUACAAAGAGUUGCGAUUGAUGCGAUCAACCUCAACUAUGGACAGCCAGCAA